UUCGGGAGCAGCAUCAUGUCUGGAAGAGGCAAGGGUGGUAAUUAAUACUCUCUUUUUGCAAGUGGUACCCUCGUUCGUAAUUUGAAACUAAAGACUUUAACGACAACAACAUCAACAACAAAAACACCUUUAACGAGGUGAUAAUUAUCGCCACCCGGGGUUCGGUAUGUCACCCCGUGUGGCCUCCUCGCCGUCGGCGGGGAGGCACUGGGUCAGACUACGUUACAGUGGAGAAGGAGAAGCGCCAGACAGGUCUGAAGUCGGAGUAAACCUUUUAAGUAGUCAAUGGAUAUCGACUACAGAUGUAUACUCUUUUAUUGCAAUGCCUAACAGAAAAGAGUAUGAAAUAUGUUUUACCAAAGAACAGGCACUUCAAACAUUUUCUCAAAUUUUUAAUAAUAAUACAGGAAGUGAAUUCUGGAAAAACUGGGAGAUGACUACAUCAGCUCCCCAAGACAUAAAGAGCAUUGUAGUAAAGUUUUGGACUGGGAGAAUCGCUGACUCGGAUGUAGAACAAUACCUCUUAAGGUUUGGUGAGAUACUGAACCCUGUUGACAAGCCGCUGGACCAGUUCGGGAUAUGGUAUGGAGUCAGGAGAUAUAAAAUAAAACUCAAGAAAAACCACGACGGAAGUAUAUUCCAGAUACCAAACUCCAUUUCCAUGGGACCAUACAAUGGAACGAUUACAUACCCCGGCCAAACAAAGCGAUGUUUUAUAUGUAACGAUUCCGACCAUCAGGCAAAGGACUGUGAGAAAACAAAGUGCUGGAAAUGCGGAAGCUUUGGCCACAAAGGAAAGAGUUGUAGAAAUACACAAGUAUGUAAUUUAUGUAAUGAAACUGGGCAUAUAUAUUUUCAAUGCCCAAAUUCUUACAGCUAUAAACUAAGAAUGCCGAAAAAUCAAAAAGACAUUGACCAGAAUGCAACACAAAACGCACAUAACACAGAGACCAAAACAAACGAUAAAGAGGAUAACAACUGGGAAGAAAAUAAACUACACGCAAGUGAGGACGACUCGACAUCUGGGAGUGACUCAAGCAGCACCGAUACCAGCGACAGCGAAGACAGCGAGGACUCUGAGAGCAGCGCCGAAUCUCUGACCCCGGAAGGGAGACGGAAGACACCGGAAGUACCUGCUGGAAGCAGCGGAGCAUCUCCGCCCAGUCUUUCGUCUGUGGAGAGACGGCAAGCAUCGGAGUUUCCUGCGCUAUCAGCUGUAGAAGUCGGCGAGACUCGGAUCGGCUCAACCCCGGAAGGAGGUCUACAAGCCCCAGAGGAGCCUACGUGCUCAGAGGGAGAGACCGGAGCGACCCAGAUCAUUUCUACACCUGCAGGAAGCCUACAGGGCCGAGAGGAGUCAUCAAAUCCAGCUGGUGAAAGUGGAACAACUCAGACAAUCGCCGACAACACAGGUGACACUGCGGACACUCCCACGCUGGCGAAAGAGCUCGACGCUAUGGCAAGAACCAAGCAGACCGCCCGUAAGUCCACCGGUGGCAAGGCGCCAAGGAAGCAGCUCGCCACUAAGGCUGCCCGCAAGAGCGCGCCGGCUACCGGCGGCGUGAAGAAGCCUCACCGCUACAGGCCCGGCACCGUGGCUCUGAGGGAGAUCCGCCGUUAUCAGAAGUCUACUGAGCUGCUCAUCCGCAAGCUGCCCUUCCAGCGCCUGGUGAGAGAAAUCGCUCAGGACUUCAAGACCGACUUGCGUUUCCAGAGCUCGGCCGUCAUGGCCCUGCAGGAAGCGAGCGAGGCAUACCUGGUCGGUCUGUUCGAGGACACCAACCUGUGCGCUAUCCACGCCAAGAGAGUGACCAUCAUGCCCAAGGAUAUUCAGCUGGCCCGCCGUAUUCGCGGAGAACGCGCUUAAACCACAACUCCGUCUAAUAUACACAAAGGCUCUUUUAAGAGCCACUUCCUCGUCUCAGAAAACAGCAAAUUUUCUUUUUUGGGCAGUUUAAGUAUUAGAACGUGGUACAGAGAGAAGGAACAGUAAUAAUAAUGUGUGUAUAUAUGUAUGUGUGUGUAAAUGAAGUGCGCGGCUUUCUAUUUUUAUCCACAUUAGAAAGGUUGGUUAUUCAUUUUGCAUUUUCAUGACAAGUAUAGACCUAUGAGUAUUACGUAAUGUUUGUUUUUAUAGAUGAGCCGUUAAUUGUGGUUAUGUCCGAACAAUACAAUGCACAGUAAUGAGCUGUGUCUGUAAAAUAGCUCAAACCUACCUUCUGUUUCGGGCGGCGUUGUGCUGGAUGGAGCUUGACUGCCCCCGUGUGUCCAAACUCGGGAACGGCAAUUUUCUAGAAGCGGAUUUCUGGGCAAGAGCUAUUACAUCAUACAUACAUUUCAUCCAUCAUCCCUUUUAUCCCGUCCAUG